AUGAGCUGGCUCUCCAGUUCCCAGGGGGUCGUGCUGACCGCCUACCACCACAGCAGCAAGGACCGGGCCGUGGGGGAGAGCCAUGGCCAGGGAGGGGAGGAAGCCGCCUCCAGUCGCAGAUAUGGCCAGUACACUAUGAACCAAGAAACCUCCAAAGCGAAGGAGAAGCCUCCAUUUGAUCGAUCAAGUUCCCAGGAUUCCGUGGAUGAGCUAUCAUCUAUGGAGGACUAUUGGAAUGAAAUAGACGAUAUCAAGAAAUCCAGCGAGAACAGACAAGAUCAAGAGGUGGUGGUUGUCAAAGAGCCUGAUGAGGGCGAGCUGGAAGAAGAAUGGCUGAAGGAGGCUGGUUUGUCUAACCUCUUUGGGGAGUCUGCCGGAGAUCCCCAAGAAAGCAUGGUGUUUCUAUCAACAUUAACCCGGACCCAAGCAGCAGCUGUUCAGAAACGGGUAGAGACCGUCACCCAGACCUUGAGGAAAAAGAACAAACAGUACCACAUUCCUGACGUCAGAGACAUAUUUGCUCAACAGGCAGAGUCCAAAGAAAAAGCUCCAGAUGGCACUGAAUCACAGUCAGCCAGAACAAAUGAAAACAAACACCAAGGAAAAGAUGACCCGGAAUCUAGCCUAGUUGUUGGUGAAAAGAAGCUGAUGCCACUGGUGCCCGAGGAGGCACCUGCCUCUGUAACAGAUAUCAACCUGGAGGUGUCAUUUGCAGAGCAAGCUGUCAAUCAGAAAGAGAGCUCCAAGGAUAGGACCCAGAGGAACAAAGGCAGCGAUGUGCCGUUACUUAGUUUCAGAUUGCCAAAAGACAAGACAGGCACCACCAGGAUUGGUGACCUGGCGCCCCAGGACAUGAAGAAGGUUUGCCAUUUAGCCCUGAUUGAACUGACUGCCCUCUAUGAUGUCCUGGGUAUUGAACUGAAACAACAAAAAGCUGUGAAGAUCAAAACAAGAGAUUCUGGCCUUUUUUGUGUUCCAUUGACAGUAUUGUUAGAACAAGAUCAGAGGAAAGUCCCAGGAACUCGAAUACCCUUGAUAUUUCAAAAACUGAUUUCCCGAAUUGAAGAGGGAGGUUUGGAAACCGAAGGCCUCUUAAGAAUUCCUGGAGCUGCCAUUCGAAUCAAGAGUCUUUGCCAAGAACUGGAAGCAAAGUUUUACGAAGGGACUUUUAACUGGGAAAGUGUCAAGCAGCACGAUGCAGCCAGCCUGCUGAAGCUGUUCAUCCGCGAGCUGCCCCAGCCGCUGCUCAGUGGCGAGUACCUCAAAGCCUUCCAGGCCGUGCAGAAUCUUCCAACCAAGAAGCAGCAACUACAGGCUUUGAACCUUCUGGUCCUCCUCCUGCCCGAUGUGAAUCGCGACACACUGAAGGCCCUGCUUGAAUUUCUCCAAAGAGUAAUAGACAAUAAAGAGGAAAAUAAGAUGACCGUCAUGAAUGUGGCCAUGGUCAUGGCCCCCAACCUCUUCAUGUGUCAUGCAUUAGGUCUGAAGUCCAGCGAGCAGCGAGAAUUUGCAAUGGCAGCUGGGACAGCUAAUACCAUGCACUUAAUGAUUAGGUAUCAAAAUAUUCUGUGGACAAUUCCCAAGUUUCUUGUCAACCAAGUGAGGAAGCAAAACACCGAAAAUCUUAAGAAAGAUAAGAAAACAGUGAAGAAAUUGCUGAAGAAAAUGGCUUACGACCGAGAAAAAUAUGACAAGCAAGAUAGAAGCACAAAUGAUGCUGACGUUCCUCAGGGAGUGAUUCGAGUGCAAGCUCCUCAUCUUUCCAAAGUUUCCAUGGCAAUACAGCUCACGGAAGAACUGAAAGCCAGUGACGUGCUUGCCAGGUUUCUCAGCCAAGAAAGUGGGAUCGCCCAGACGCUCAAGAAAGGGGAAGUUUUUUUGUAUGAAAUUGGAGGGAAUAUUGGGGAACGCUGUCUCGAUGAUGACACUUACAUGAAGGACUUAUAUCAGCUCAACCCGAAUGCCGAAUGGGUUAUCAAGUCCAAGCCUUCGUAG